CUGCAGAGCUUCACUCCUGCCAGAUAGUGAGCACUCCUUGCCCACCAUAGACUGCCACAAAGUGAACUACUCUGCAUGCUGUCUCUUUUUAUAUAAAAACAAAACCAAAAAAAGGUGUGUUAUCCAGGGGGCUAGGGACUUGGCACAGGUAUCCAUAUAUCAUUAUGUAUUGAUUGAUCAAAUUUGUUCCUGAGAAGUUGGACGCAGUGUAAGAAGUUCAAAGUGGGACUAUUCAUUGCUUUCUAUGUGCUAACCACAUAAUUCUUUCAAUUGAAUUACUUCAGUGUCAGGAGAAGGUCCUUCGGGUUCCUUUCUCCACUCUUUAAGAACCAUCAAGCUGGCGAUGUCGCGAGUACCAAGUCCCCCUCCCCCGGCUGAGAUGUCCAGUGGUCCUGUGGCAGAGAGCUGGUGCUAUACACAGAUAAAAGUCGUAAAAUUUUCAUACAUGUGGACCAUCAACAACUUCAGCUUUUGUCGAGAGGAAAUGGGUGAGGUUAUUAAAAGCUCCACUUUUUCAUCAGGAGCGAACGACAAACUAAAAUGGUGUUUACGUGUAAACCCUAAAGGAUUAGAUGAAGAAAGUAAAGAUUACCUGUCUCUCUACCUGUUGCUGGUCAGCUGUCCGAAGAGUGAAGUACGAGCCAAAUUUAAAUUUUCUAUUCUGAAUGCUAAAGGAGAAGAAACAAAGGCCAUGGAGAGUCAACGUGCCUAUCGUUUUGUUCAGGGAAAGGACUGGGGUUUCAAAAAGUUUAUUCGUAGAGAUUUCUUGCUCGAUGAAGCUAAUGGAUUACUACCUGAUGACAAGCUGACACUCUUUUGUGAGGUCAGCGUAGUUCAGGACUCUGUUAACAUAUCUGGACAGAACACCAUGAAUAUGGUGAAAGUUCCAGAAUGUCGACUGGCCGAUGAACUUGGAGGAUUAUGGGAAAACUCACGUUUUACCGACUGCUGCUUGUGUGUAGCGGGACAGGAGUUUAAGGCACACAAAGCUAUUUUGGCAGCACGAUCUCCAGUCUUCAGUGCAAUGUUUGAACAUGAAAUGGAGGAAAGCAAAAAGAAUCGUGUCGAAAUAAAAGACGUAGAGCCAGAUGUUUUCAAAGAAAUGAUGUGCUUCAUAUACACCGGGAAAGCUUCUAAUCUUGACAAAAUGGCAGAUGAUCUACUGGCUGCGGCAGACAAGUACGCUCUAGAACGCCUUAAAGUGAUGUGCGAGGAAGCACUGUGUAGCAACCUGUCUGUGGAGAAUGCAGCCGAAAUUCUGAUACUGGCUGAUUUACACAGCGCAGACCAGCUCAAGACACAAGCUGUAGACUUUAUUAACUAUCAUGCAUCUGAUGUGAUGGAGACAUCUGGGUGGAAGUCUAUGGUGGUCUCUCACCCACAUCUUGUAGCAGAAGCAUACCGCUCCCUGGCUUCCGCCCAAUGCCCUUUCCUGGGACCCCCACGCAAACGUCUGAAGCAAUCCUAAACUGAUUCUAAUGGAAAUCCAUCUGUUCUACUGGCCCCACUCUCUCUCGCCUUCUCAUUGGAUUAGAGACAUUGGCUGAUGUUUGGUUGAGAGAGCGGUUGCAGAGGUUUUGAGCUUUGCCUCCCUCACAUUGUAUGUGCUGACACCUUGUUCCCAUGCCGCGUGGAUAGACUUUGCCUCCUGCCCCCCUAUCCUGACUAAAGAACAGAUGGUAUAAUGGACAUCCUUUCCUUGCAGAAUAAAAUUUUAUAUUUUAUGGGUAGUCGGUAGGUUUACCGACUGGGACUUUUCCUUUUAUUUAUAAGAGCAGGGAGAAGCUUACGAGUGGCUGGGCCCUUCUCUCCCCAAAAGACGUUAUGCAGUUUAGCUCUUUAAGGGCUAUUAUGAGUUUUCAUCAGGUGCCAUCCUGCUCAUUCUUAUGAAAUUAUAUAAUAUUUUUUUUAUUUUAUUAAUAUAAAAAAAGACAUUUAUUAUGGGUUGGCCUGGUAGAGAUUUUUCUGGUUUCCAUUUUAUCUUUCCCAUGUGCUUUUGUCAGCCCUUUACUGUGGUUAUCAUCUGCUCCCCAUAAUUCCUUGAUAUUCCUGUCAUCACUGUUCUCCUCCAGUACCAUCAUUUUAUUCUGGCUUUUUUUUUUUUU